AUGCGAAUUACACGUCAACCAGGAACCGCCACAACGCUCUCCUACAGCGACGAAGAGAACAUUGCUCUCUGGGUUGCAGAACUUCGCCAAGACGGUGUACCCGUCAGCAACCUUUUGCUUCAAUGCAAGGCAUUGGAAGUUGCGGUUUACCUGGGCCUAUCCAAAGAUCAGUUCAAGGCAAGUCCAUCAUGGAUCAAGAGUUUCAUGAAGCGUUGGGGAUUUGCCAUACGAGCCAAAAUACGUUCCGGCCAGGCCAACCUUGAAGUCGGACUGCAGGCUCUAGCAGAGUUCAAGACAACAAUCAGACAGAUCAUUCUGGACAACGACAUCGAAGGCAUCAACAACGCAGAUCAAACGGGGAUUAACUACGAGUACAUACCGAAUCAAACAAUCAACAAGGAAGGCGCGAAGACUGUGUGGAUCAAGUGCUCAGGCCACGAAAAUGACCGAAUGACCGCCAUGCUUCUGGCUGAUGCUAAAGGCACCAAAUACCCGCUGUUUUUGCGAAAUGGCUUCGGGCGUCGUGUUUGGAAUGAAAUCAACGAUUUGCACGACAACUUUCCCCUGCGCAUCUACGGCAACCCGUCAGCUUGGUGGAACAGCGACAUCUCACUACAUUUUUUGGAAUACCACUUUGGCCACCGACGAGGCACGUCUGCAAAGUACGUGCUGCUCCUGUGGGAUGACUUUAGUGCUCAUUUUACCGAGAACGUUACCGUCCGUGCCGAAGAGCUACGAGUGCUCCUUGCUCGCGUGUCGCGAACGUUUACUUGGAUGUGCCAGCCUGCGGACGUUGCCUGGAUGAAACCGAUCAAAGCGUUAAUGUGA